GUGAUUGAAAGCGGUAAUAGCGAGAGCUGCGCUACUUCGUGACGUGUUUGUUUUAUUUUAAGCUAUGGUUUCUGGCAUUCAAACUAUUGAUACUAACCAUGAAGAUAUGAUACAUGAUGCUCAGUUGGACUACUAUGGAACAACUCUAGCAACAGCUUCGUCUGAUCAUUCAGUUAAAAUAUUUGAUGUCCGUAACAAGAAACAAGUUCUUAUCGCUCACUUACGAGAUCAUCAAGGACCUGUUUGGAGUUUAAGUUGGUCCCAUCCUAUGUAUGGGAGUUUAUUGGCCUCUUGCGGUUAUGAUCGUAAGGUGAUUAUCUGGCAAGAAAUCAAUGGACGAUGGGGAAAAGUCUUUGAAUAUGCUGAACAUGCUAGUUCAGUCAAUUGCGUUUGUUGGGCUCCUCAUUCUUAUGGACUAAUGCUAGCAUGUGCUAGUUCAGAUGGGACAAUCUCCAUCCUUAUAUCAGACGAAACGAACUCUUGGCGCGUCUUUCGAAUCCCAGAAGCACACUCCGUUGGUGUUAAUAGCGUGUCUUGGGCACCCUCUAUAAAUGCUGAAUUCAUAUUCAAUCCCACGUUGGCAACAACAACAUCAACAAAUACUAUGAUUCCUCCUAUCAAAAGACUAGUUUCUGGUGGGUGUGAUUCUUUAAUUAAAAUAUGGCGUGAAGACGUUUCUUCUGGAAAUCCAGAAUGGAUCGAAGAAACUCGUCUAGAUGGUCAUACCGAUUGGGUACGUGAUGUUGCUUGGUGUCCAAGCUUGAAUAUUUCACGGCAAUUAAUCGCUUCAUGUGGCCAAGAUGGAAGAUUAAUAAUUUGGCAAUCGACAGCUAAUAAUGAUAAUAAUAAUGAAAAUCGUAUGAUGAAUCGGUCGACAGCAGUAAACGAUAAUAAUAAUGAUAAUAAAAACCCAAAUUCUAAUGAAUUAGUAGAAUCGAAAGAUUUCCAAUCUACACAAUAUUCCACGUUUUGGCGUCCAACCAUUUUGUAUACGUAUUCCGAUGUUGUCUGGAAUGUUUCGUGGUCUGUAACUGGAAAUAUUUUGGCGGUAUCUGGAGGAGAUAAUAAGGUUACACUUUGGAAGGAAAAUUUAGAAGGAACCUGGAUUGCUUUAAGUGAAAUUGCACGUGGUGGUCACGAUGCAUCCGCUUUAAUUGGAACUGAAGGGAAUAGUCAAACAUCAGAUCAAUCUACAACACAAUUGGCUGCUGCUACCUAAUAGGAUCUGUGUGCGCAUUUCGUUCAAAAAUCCUAUGAACUCUAUCAAAACCGAUUGGUUCGUCUUAAAAGUGUAUUUUCACCGUUAAAAUUUGUGCACUUACAAUCCCACAUUAAAUUUUUUUAUUGAGCAUUAUAUCAUUCACUCGACAGGUCGAGUUCUAUCAACUGUCAUUUUCAAAUACAUCCCAUUUAGCUUCCUUACACGAUCAUCAAUAAAUUCAAGUAUUUCUAUUCAGAUUUAAUUUAUCCUACAAUUUGCUACUUUUCAGCCUCAAGCAAACCAAGUUAUUCGUCAUUUUGAGAUUUGUUUCUAAUCCAUUUAAUUACAACACUUGCAACUGUCAUGUAUAUGAUGUUAACUUUCUGUAAAACUUGUUCUGAAGUAUGGUCAGUUUUUAAAGAAUUUGUAAGAUUUUGAAUGAUACUAAUUACCAGCCAGUCAUCAAUUUUAAAAUCAUUUUGGUUGUAAGUGACCAGUUACCAUAGCAGCUAGAAAUUUAUUUGUUUUCUGGUUUAAAACCAGAAAAGAAAUAUGGUGUAUGUUUUUAUUCUGACGGAUUAGUUUGUUUAGAGGUUUGAAAUGUGUUUUGUAUAUGCUGUUUCUUUCAUGUGACCUUAGAUAAUUUGUGAUGUGUUGUUUGUUCUCUCUUUCUUCCUUUUGGUUUACUUCUAUACCCAAAUUAUAUAUAUUCGCAUCCUCCCUUGUGAAAUCUUUUGCAAGCACCAUCAAAGUUUGAGGGUAAAUAUUAAUCCGUAAUUGUUAUUGUGAAUAGCGAUACCCGCAUUCAUUAUUUUUAAAUGUUAAACUUAUUUUCGGAUUUUUUAAGACCUAUUCUAUUGAAACAAUAAACAGACUUUUGAACAUAAUGGAUAGUCGCAACGAUAACAGCAGGCAGUUAAUUAUGAGUGAUCAUUUGGUUAAUCUUUUAUUUUCUUCUUUGCUUACCGUACUCAUCAGUAAAAUAUUUCUUGACAAUCUUUAGAUGUUAUCAAUGAUUUGUCCUUCACAAUGUUAUAUAUUAAUAUGUACUUCUUAAAUUUCGAACAGCUUCUUAGAGGAAUAUGUUUUGAAUGGACUCAAUAAUUGCUUGACGGACAAAAUUUGUUAAUGAUUCUUUACACUUUAAUUCAUUUUUAAAACAAUAUUUAACAUCUACUGAAAUAUAAUCAAAUUUAUGAAAAACUAUCGAAGAACUAUUUCUUCAUUAGUUCAUAUUUGUGAAGGUCGUAAUUGGUUAUAUUCUUUUUAAAAGGUCAUAUAGUUUUAAUUUCAUUAUAUUCCUUGAUAAACACAAUUUCUUGAUAUAGAUUUUAUUGAAGACGAAACUAAGGUAUAUUGUAAUCAUCUGACAACCGUAUAAUAUAUGUACAUAAAUAUAAUGAAAUAUUUCAC